AUGUAUCGCGCAUCCGACCCGCGCUUUCGACGAAGGCUCAACGACAUCACCCAGACCCUCGAGUCGGCCAAUGAGUCUGCUCAGAGCGGCAUAUACAUCUUCGGCCAGAACUAUGUCAAGCCUUGCUUCCAGAGCAUCGCAUCGUGCUUCACGUCCUGCGUAGAUGCAUCUUGUCCCGCGCUCAACGUCAGCCAACGUGAUCGGCUGCGACGACAACGGGGUCGAGGCCGGUCGCGAGGCCGUGCAGAGCUUAGCUUUGAUUUCUAUGACGACUGGGACGAUGAUGAUAAUGAUGCUCUGCUAGGCUGGGGCAAUGACGAAUUCGACAGACUUGUUGGCGCAGGUGGGAGUGCACCGAGCUAUGGCACAGUGUCCGCCCAGCCGGGAAGGCAGAGAGGCAUGUCAUAUCCCAAAAGUAGGCGGAAAAGUGCUGCCGCCCUAGGCGAAGAAGAUCCGACAGUGAUCCCUGGAAGCUCGAGCUUCUGGAGAAGAAUGUUUGGAGGAAAGAGCAUGCGUUAUAAGCCAAGCGCCGCAGAUCUACAAGAACACCCGGGCGCUCGAAAAACACGGGCACGGGAUCUCACCGAAGGCGAGAGGCUUCUAGAAGAAGACGAAGAGCUGUUUGGUGGAAGAGGUAAAGGUCGGGCACGUAGCGGUACUCAGGGCAGCAGAGAUACCACGGGCAGCUACAGUAGUAGAGGAGAUAUCUUCCCUUCGGACGAAGAAGACGAUGCGAUCCCGCUAGACGACGAAUUCGCCAUGGUGCUGGAGCGAAGAACGACCUUCUCCGGACCAGAUACAGAAAGCAGUUCUGGCAAGACGGGUAUUGCGAAAAGAGGAAAGAGACCUUCGGCUGGGUCUCGGGCAUCCACGCGACGGACCUUCUCCUCGCAAAGCACUCGCAGUGAGACUGGAAGCGGGAGAAGGAAAAGGCGAAGCACAAGGAGUAGCAUUUCGCACACACCAACUUCCGAAGCACGCGUUGGCGGCACGGAAGAUGUCUCGCACAUGCAAGGCUCGACGACAUCUUUGGCGGAUCUGAAACGUCAGGAAGCGCAGAUGGCACAAGAAGAGGAAGAAGACAUCGAGAGGAGACGACAGACAGCACAGAGAAUAGCAGCUGAACGCGGACUCGUCGGAGAGGAUCUCUCGAGCAAAGAGGCAACGCCGCGAAGCACGACGCCUGCUCCAAUUCCUGAGGAGCCAAGUCAAUUGCCCACGCCUCUUCCGACAGAUGAUGAGGACGAUGUCUCUCGGCAGGAACAAGAGAUGGCCGCUUCGAAUCAAGGUGACAGACCGGCAUGGUGA